CUCUGGCAGGUGACCGGACACCAAGGGCACAUUGUUGGAGGGGGUCAUUCCCUGCCCCUUUAUAAACGCCCCCAGAGUCAGGGUUUACCCAUCCUCUGUCGCUGCUGUGACUCUAAAGCAGGUACACAGUAGGAGCUCAAUAAACAGUGGAAGGGAACAGAAUGAAGAUUAUGGGGUUAGCUGUCCAGGAGGCAGAAGUUAAAAAGAAAAAAAUCCCACUAGCUCCAAGAAGAUGGAAGGACAGCGAUGUGAACUUAACUAGCUGAGAGAAGCUUAUUUGCAGGGGACAGGUUGAGACUAGAUAUGGUCCCAACUCCCUUGUCUGUCCCCCAAACAAACCUAGGUUCUCCCCUCUCUAAGGAGAGACUGCUUCCAACUCUGCCAGCGCCUCCCCCUUCCGUCCCACUCUAACCUCCUUCCCUCUCCCUCCUCUCAUCUUCCUCCUGGGGGGGGGUGCGUCUAGACAGGGUGGGCACCCCAUUGCCCCAGCUAGGAGGACGGUGGCUCCUAGCGCUGGAGCCUGGAAGGCAGGGUCUCCUGUCCCCAGCUCCUCUCCCAGGCAGGACACUGUCCCUUUAAUAGACUCCCUCUGCCUGGCGCUCUGCGGCUGGGGAGUAAAUUUCUCGCUGUCAUCAGGUCGCAGGAAGAAGAGGAGGAGUUUGUUAAUGUACAGUUUGUUCAGCGGGGAUCGAUGUUUGCUGGCAUCGCCUUGCCCUGUCUUGUGUGUGUGUGUGUGUGCCUGUGUGUGUGUGAGAGAGAGAGGGAGAGCGCGAGAGCGUGUGUGUGUGUGUGUGUGUGUGUGUGUGUAUGUGGGGGGUGUGAGUGUGUGUGUGUGUGUGAGCGAGAGUGGUCGUGUGUGUGCAUGUGCGUGUGUGUGUUUGUGUGUGUGUGUGUGUGCGCGCGCGUGUGUGUGAGAGAGUGAGUGAGUGAAUUCCAGAUUUUCUGUCUUUCCCAAACCCGCUCCUGUCCUCUCGCAUAUCACUCACAGACUGGGAUCUGACAGCAGCGACAAACCUACAGUGAGUGAUCUCUCCCCAGCGCGAAUCCGCCAUCAAGAUCAGGGACAAGGAGGAGGAGGAAGAAGAGGAAGAGGAGGAGGAAGAGGAGGAGGAGAAGGAGGAGGAGGAGGAGAAGGAGGAGGUGGAGGAAGAGGAGGAAGAGGAGGAGGAGGGAAAGAGAAGGAAGAAGAAAAAGAAGAGACCCACUGUCUUCCCGGGAUUGUUUUCCCCCCUUUACGCGCUAGUGUGCGCGUGGCGCGUGUGCGCCCCUCGUCCCUGCCAUCUGAACCCCGUCUUGGAUGUUUAAUAAAGAAAUCAAGUGUCUCACCAGUCACCAAAAAAAACAGCAAAAAGCAAAACCAAAAAGAGAAAAAAAAUCCAAAAGCAAAAACAAAAAGAGAGAGAGGGGGAAAAAACCAAACAAACAAACAAGGCAGAACCAACCUCCACUUGCAAGCAGCAGGCGCAAACCGCUUAUCUGCCACCCAGAGAGGGGGUCUCCGGCCCCGCGCUGGAGCGCUGGCAGGGGGAUCGUCAGGGGGACAGAGGCCGAGUGACGUCCUAGGAGCCACAGAAAGACGAGCGAGACUGCGGCCCCCGCGCGCGGCUCGGGGCUGGGGCGCCAGAAGUGAGACUGGAGCUAAGUAGAGCGAUGCCAAGGAGGAAACAGCAGGCACCCAAGCGGGCUGCAGGCUAUGCCCAGGAGGAAGUUCUGAAGGAAGAGGAGGAAAUAAAGGAGGAAGAGGAGGAGGAGGAAGACAGUGGUUCGGUGGCUCAGCAUCAGGGCAGUAAUGACACGGGGACAGAUGAGGAACUAGAAACAGUCCCGGAGCAGAAAGGCUCCUUCAGCUGCCAGAACUCGCCAGGGAGCCACCUGUCCAACCAGGACGCAGAAAAUGAAUCACUUCUGAGUGAUGCCAGUGACCAGGUGUCAGACAUCAAGAGCAUCUGUGGCCGAGAUGUCUCGGACAAGAAAGCAAACGCUCACCGCAAGCUUCCAAGCGAACCCCAUAACUGCAUGGAUAAAAUGACAGCCGUCUAUGCCAAUAUCCUGUCAGAUUCCUACUGGUCAGGCCUGGGCCUUGGCUUCAAAUUAUCCAACAGCGAGAGACGGAAUUGUGACACCCGCAAUGGCAGCAGCAAGAAUGAUUUUGAUUGGCACCAAGAUGCCCUGUCCAAAAGCCUCCAGCAGAACUUGCCUUCCCGGUCUGUCUCUAAGCCCAGCCUAUUCAGCUCUGUGCAGCUGUACCGGCAGAGCAGUAAGAUGUGCGGCUCGGUGUUCACCGGGGCCAGCAGGUUCCGCUGCAGACAGUGCAGCGCGGCCUACGACACUCUGGUGGAGCUGACCGUGCACAUGAAUGAGACAGGCCACUAUCAAGAUGACAACCGCAAAAAAGAUAAGCUCCGACCCGCGAGCUACUCAAAGCCCCGGAAAAGGGCCUUCCAGGACAUGGACAAAGAGGACGCGCAGAAGGUUCUGAAAUGCAUGUUUUGCGGCGACUCCUUUGAUUCCCUGCAAGACCUGAGCGUCCACAUGAUAAAGACAAAACAUUACCAAAAAGUGCCUUUGAAGGAACCGGUACCAACCAUUUCCUCUAAAAUGGUCACACCAGCCAAGAAGCGUGUUUUCGACAUCAACAGGCCUUGCUCCCCGGACUCCACCACGGGGACACAGGCAGAAUCGUUUUCUUCCCAGAAAAACACCAACUUGCAGCUGCCCUCCAACAGCCGCUACGGCUACCAAAACGGAGCCAGCUACACCUGGCAGUUCGAGGCCUGCAAGUCACAGAUCUUAAAGUGUAUGGAGUGUGGCAGUUCCCAUGACACCUUGCAGCAGCUCACCACCCACAUGAUGGUCACAGGUCACUUUCUCAAAGUCACCAGCUCUGCCUCCAAGAAAGGCAAGCAGCUGGUGUUGGACCCGCUGGCCGUGGAGAAAAUGCAGUCGCUGUCCGAGACCCCAAACAGCGAGUCUCUGGGCGCUAAGCCGUCAAGUAACUCUGCCUCUGACUGCACGGCCUCUAGCACCGAGUUAAAGAAAGAGAGCAAGAAGGAGAAGGCGGAGGAGAUCAACGAAGACGAGCAAGGGGUGAAAGGCGAGGAAUACGAAGACCCUCUACAGAAACCUCUCGACCCCACCUUAAAAUACCAGUAUCUGAGAGAGGAGGAUUUGGAAGAUGGCUCAAAGGGUGGAGGGGACAUCUUAAAGUCACUGGAAAAUACUGUAACCACAGCCAUCAACAAGGCCCAAAACGGUGCUCCCAGCUGGAGCGCAUACCCGAGUAUCCACGCAGCCUACCAGCUGUCAGAGGGUGCCAAGCCACCCAUGGCAAUGGGCUCUCAGAUACUGCAAAUCAGACCCAACCUCGCCAACAAGCUAAGGCCCAUCGCGCCCAAGUGGAAAGUCAUGCCGCUUGGCCCUGUGCCCACAAACCUGGCCCUGUACACUCAAGUUAAGAAGGAGACAGAAGACAAAGACGAAGUCGGAAAGGAGUGCGGGAAGGAAAGUCCCCGUGAAGAGGCAACAUCUCUCAGCCAGUCUGAGGGGGAGUCUUUCUCCAAAAUUGAAACACCCUCAGAAUCCAGAAAGGCUGAGCCCUGUCCCCCGAAGGAGGGAGAGAAGCUGCCGAAAGAGAAACCAGAGCCAUUAGAACCUGUAUCUUCUCUGAGCAACGGGUGCGCACCGGCUAACCACACCCCGGCCCUGCCUUGCAUCAACCCGCUCAGUGCGCUGCAGUCUGUCCUCAACAACCACCUAGGUAAAGCUACUGAGCCUUUGCGCUCUCCUUCCUGCUCCAGCCCCAACUCAAGCACAAUCUCUAUGUUCCACAAGUCUAGUCUCAGCGCAGUGGACAAACCGGUCCUAAGUCCCUCCUCCACCAGGCCGGCCAGCGGAUCCCGACACUACCUGUUUGAGAACAGUGACCAGCCCAUUGACCUGACCAAAUCCAAAAGCAAGAGGGCCGAGUCCUCGCAAGCACAAUCCUGCACGUCCCCACCUCAGAAGCAUGCUCUCUGUGACAUUGCUGAUAUGGUCAAGGUCCUCCCCAAAGCCACCACCCCCAAGCCAGCUGCUCCCUCGAGGGUCCCGCCCAUGAAGCUGGAAAUGGAUGUCAGGCGAUUCGAGGAUGUUUCUGGCGAAGUCUCGACUUUGCACAAGAGGAAGGGCAGGCAGUCCAACUGGAACCCCCAGCACCUGCUCAUCCUUCAGGCGCAGUUCGCCUCGAGCCUCUUCCAGACAUCGGAGGGCAAAUAUCUGCUCUCUGACCUGGGCCCACAGGAGCGGAUGCAAAUCUCAAAGUUCACGGGACUCUCGAUGACCACAAUCAGCCACUGGCUGGCCAAUGUCAAGUAUCAGCUUAGAAAAACAGGGGGGACAAAAUUCCUGAAAAACAUGGACAAAGGGCACCCCAUCUUUUACUGCAGUGACUGUGCCUCCCAGUUCAGAACCCCCUCUACUUACAUCAGCCACUUAGAGUCUCACCUGGGCUUCCAAAUGAAGGACAUGACGCGGAUGGCGGCUGACCAGCCAAGCAAGGCGGAGCAGGAGAUCUCCCGGGUGUCGUCGGCUCAGAGGUCUCCGGAAACAAUAGCCGGUGAAGAGGACACAGACUCUAAAUUCAAGUGUAAGUUGUGCAGUCGGACAUUUGUGAGCAAACACGCAGUAAAACUCCACCUAAGCAAAACGCACAGCAAGUCACCCGAGCACCAUUCUCAGUUUGUAACAGACGUGGAUGAAGAAUAGUUCCGCAGGACAAAUGCCUUAGCCUGGAUCUUCCUGCCUGGAUCUCCCUCACCAGCCCUUCUCCGUUCGUUGCACCCUUGCUUCUGACAUUGGACCACUGACCUCCUCCUGACACCCGGCUCCAAGAAGACUGCAGAAAAAGAAAAAAAAAAUCCCACCAACCAUCUCUCUUCAUCCUCACUAACAAUUUGGUAAUGAAGUAUUGAUUUCCACUUCUCUCCUUAUGGACGAUAUUAGAUUUUCAUUGAUAAACUGCAACGGGACUGUCGCAUCUCUGAGGCCCUCUUCACCGUCAGGAAGAAACAAAGUGCCACCGCGGAAAAAUAAUGACUGGGAGCAUUGACGCACUUACUUUGUCAGUUUGUAACAGGAAAGGGAGGGGGCACAUCACUCUUCAUAGUUUAAUGUCCAAGUGGGCUGCUCUUGGGAGUUUACUUUUCAUGGUAACGUCCAUUUCCUAUUUAUAACCCCCCUGGGAACGUUUGUCUAAAGGAAAUGUUUCUGUUCAGUGUAACAAUUAAGGUUGCACCUGGAUUCCCUAGUCCUGCCCCUGCACCGGGGAGCCAUUAAUCACCUCAGAGUAGAAGAGUUAUUAAGUUAAACCGGAGUUUGAGCCAAGAAAACCUCCCAACCAUGUUCAUCUUCUGUGAAAGUUGUUGGAAUAGACAGGCUUAACCGUGUUGCUGCCAAAGGCUUUUUCCUGUGGAGUGCGUCCUCCACGGUUAUCUUGAGUGGUUUUGUAAGCUUAGCUCCCAGCAUGCACCACUGUAGGAUGAGCCCUGCAAACCGGGAGGGGUGCAGACUAGAACCCCAGAGAAAGCAAGAUGGCAAUGCAUCACCGAGAGUGCCAGGUGAAGAGGCCACCUUCACUGGCAACCCCUCCUUGCCGGACCUGUUGCCUCUCAAAUGCAGCUUCUCCUUUGAACCAGCAGAAUGCAUGAAAACAGGGUGUCCGUUUUAAACGUGUUCCUGCAACUUUUUUCAUUAAAACUUUAAGGGCCCAAUUUUAAUUUGUGGAAUAUUCCCGUUAAUAAUGAGAUCUAAUUAAGACAUCCAUUAAAAGCCCGUUAAAGUUAAUUUAACGUAAAAAUUCCAAUAGAACUGUAUUAGAUUUUCUCCAUUAAAUUAACGUUAUGGAUUUUUAACGGAUGUCUUAAUUACACGUUAUUAUUAACGGGAAUACUGUAUUACACAGAUUAAAAUCAGGUCCUAAGUCAACUUGGAAAAGCUAAGAGCAUGUUUUAAUAUUAAAGUCUCACAGACCUAGUACACAGUUUGGAAGCGCAGGGGAAGAUGCAGUUAUUCUAGCUGAGCAUUUUCUGUACAAUGGAGAGUAAUCUAUAAUAGAUAAAUCCAUCAUUUCAUUUAAACAAUGGUCUCUUUAUUCUCAUAGGACAGCCAAGUCUGGAUUGUAUUGUAAAUUGCUACUCGGCUAUAGGUGAAAUAUUUAAACUAUUCUCAGCACAAUAUUCUGAAACAAAUGACUAUUUUGUGUUCUUGUUUUAAUUACCAAGGUUAUCCAAAAGAAAAGGGGGGGGGGAGUGUGAAGGCUGACAAAAUGAAGCCAAAUACAUCCUUUUCACCGUUUAUUAUAAAGGCUGCCUGUUGGAAAUGUCUUGGAAAUUUUGACAUGAUCCCUAAAUUCGACGCUGGGAUUUAAAAUAAAAUUUGAAGAAGAAAAAAAAAGAAAGAAAAAAAACUUAUUUACCUCCUAAGGAAAGUGUUGCCCUUAUGCCACAUAUAAUAGCAAAUUGCUUUUUUUAUGGCAUGCAUAACCUAGAUGGGGAAAAAUACGGUGCUUCAGGGAAGGAGGGGAAAAGUAAAUGAAGUUCCAGGAAUGUCAUUCUGAAGUAAUGAGGCAUGGACGGAAAAUAUACCCCUCACAUCAUCGGAUUGAGAUGGCAGGCGAAAUAGCUUCAUUGAAGUGUCAGCACUCAUCCAUCAAUCAAUCACCCACAAGGAAAAAUAACAACAGUACAACGGGGCGGCUUUUAUGGGAUUUACUCAUGGGCACGGGGAACAGCGGCUCGGAUGUAGUUCUGACAUGAAAAGCAAGGUGCUGAUAUUAUUUUUUAUGAUGGGAGGAUCAUAAAGUGAAUUGAGAACAGAGAGAGGUCUGUCUGCUUAACCUGUUCAACCAGAAAUGAACGGAACUCAGCUGGAAAGGACCGUCUUCGGAUGGGUUAAGAUGGAAGGGUGGACUCGGCUGAGCUCUGUCCUUCAACGGGAGAUUCUAUUAAAGGGGGGGGUGGGCGGGAUAAUACAUUAGCACGGGGCUCCGUGAAGCUGAUAAAAAUCGCCUGCUCCAACCCAGGGUUAUUAGGCAAAGCUACAUAAUUCAGAUCCUCUGGAACCAACCAAAAGCAAACGCUGAGCUCGUGACCCACCUGGGAGGACCCAAUACAGUUCCAAACUCCUAGGUAACCGGUUCACUCCUAAGAAGAAAAUAAGAAUAAAUCGCUGUUUCGAAUAUAAUCUAUAUGGUUCUAUUAGUGCAAUUUCUCUGGUGGGGUGAGGUGGGAGGCGAGAGACAAAAAUAUUGAUAAAUUUGGUUAGACUCCUGAGUUGUCACUUGGCAACUGUGAACGUCGCCGCUGAGAGACAGCUGUUAAUGUUCUCUGCAGAAAACAAGGUCUGAGCCGGCACCAUGCCGUGCACAGCUCCGUGUAUUUCUAGACACCGGGCCUGUCUUCAUUUGGCAAGCCUGGGAAGCUUCUAGAAACUUCUUCCUGGAGAGAAAAAAAAAUGAAAUAGCUUGAACUCCAGGAGAAUGUUUUUAUCUGCUUGCCUACCACUUCCUUCCUCCCUCAGAUAAGCUGGAACCACAGAAAUGGAAGAGGAAUGAUAUGCAAAUAUCAUGCAAAUUACCUUUGAGUACCUCCACUCUUCAGCCACCCUUUGGGAUCAGAGACAAUGAGAGGUACCCUUUCCUUCUCCACGCCUCCUUCCAACUAAGGCCACCAACCGGCUGAAACGCGAAGAGCCCAUUAAAAUAUAUAUAUAUGCAAAUAUUUAAAUUUUAUGUAUUUCAGCAAAUCUGCAGAUAGACAUCAUAAGCUCUGACAGCACUUUUCCAACAGGAAAAGCAAUUUAUUCAGCAAAUUCUCUCAACCCAUCUUGUUAGGCUCCUACCAUGUGUAUCCCGGAAAUAGGAGUACCACCACGAACCUUUCAUCUCGGCCCUCCUGUUUCAGACAGGACUGUUUCACCAGCCACUGCCUGGACAUCUGAGGACAGUGUCCACUGAGGGUCAGAAUCCUAGUAUUUUCACAAUAAGGAAUUUUUCCCUGUGAAAAACAUACAGGGAAGAAAAGGAGCUUCCAAAUAGGUUAAGGCCUAAAAGCCAUAAAAAUAAAUCGGAUAGCCCAGACAGCCCCCAAGGAAUUUCGUUGAGAACACAAAUAGAUUUCCCUAAAAACUCACCACCAAAAUAUGCCUGCUUGGUCGCUCGGCUCUUACAUAACUAAUGUUCUGAGCAAAAUCCCCCAAAUUCUGUUGCAACAGAAAACAUGAAUUACAGUGCCAUGUUGGGAAGAGGUGAGUGAGCGUAUAUGAGUGUGUGUGUGUGUGUGUGUGCGUGCGCGCGCUCGCGCGCGUGCGUGCGUGUGCAUGCUCAUGGUGGAUGUUCAUACCUGCAUCCAUAUGUUUGCCGUGUUGGGAAGAGGUGAGUGAGCGUAUAUGAAUGUGUGUGAGUAUAUGUGUGUGUGUGUGUGUGUGUGUAUGUGUGUGUGUGUGCGCGCACACGCACUCGUGGUGGAUGUUCAUACCUGCAUCCAUAUGCUGGAAGCUCACUGAUGACUACCGUCUGGAUAGGACAGUGAUAAGAAUCUUCAAAAACUUUUCAGUCAACCUGAAGACACAGAUCAUACAAGGUCCCCAGAUUCUGUUUAUCAUCUGCCACUGGCCAGGUUAUCUGACAAGGCUCAGGCCUUUCUUCUUCUUUUUUUUUUUUUUUUGGAGGGGGGGGAUCAUUUUUAAAUGUGUUCAAUGUUUUUAUAAAAGGAAGGAAAGAGAAGAGGGGGAGGAAGACAGCAGCAGCUUCUAUUAGGACUAAAGAGAUGGCUCAGUGGUUGUGAGCACUGGCUGCUCUUACAACAGACCUGGGUUCAGUUCCCAGCACACUCACGGCCACUCAAGUUCUGGCCUCCGAGUUCACCAGACACACACAUGAUACACAUACGUACACAUGCAAGUCCUCGCACACACACACAUUAAGUAAGAACAUAUAAAGUGCCGUAUUCCCGUGAUCCGCUGUCCCCUGAAUAGAGUGCCAGUGUGGAAAUGAAUAUAAAAUAACAAGGGAAUAUGUUGAAGGCCAUAAACUGCACAUACACACAUAGUUCUAAAGCAAAUUCAGUGCUGUCUGUUUUGAAGAGGCAAAAGCAACAAAAAAAAAAAAUCAAAACUCAACUUUUGGUUUAUUUUGCUCCCUCUGUGAGGUGCAAAAAAUGCUAAUUUCAUUUUCUCCCUUCCUCUGUGUGGCACUUUCUCCAAAUAGCCAUAAAAUACUUUUAGACAAAGAUUGAGCUGGAGGAAGAGAUGUGACUCUCCAGCCCUGUGGAUGAAGAGCUGCAUCUCUCUGGCAGGAAAAACCGCGCAUCGUCUUUAGAAUUUCCCGGCUAGAAUUUGACCGCUCCAUCCAAAGUAAACUGUCCUUAGGUUUCCUGUGACAGCGUUAGAAGGCUAUGCAGAUAUAUAAUUCCCGGUCUCUAGUUAAAAUCUCCUUCCAAUAGUUAUGAACCCUUGGCUAACAGGCCUAGUAGUGCCUCCAAAAGUUAUUCAUGCACAAGGCGACCCAAAGCUUUUUUUGGGGGGGGAUGGGGGGCGUGCAAUAGUGGAAAUGUUUUAUGGAUUAGAAAUGGCCUGUCUUAAAAUGCUAGUACCAGGUGGAAUGAUAUUUCUGCAACAAGACUGUCCGUUUCCCUUGGAAAAAUAUAUUCGGAGUAAAAUAGCUCUUCCGAGAAGUGACACCCUGGCUUGACACCCUUCAGCAUACAAAUGACGUGACAAUAGCCAUACACUGCCGUGAGGGCUGUCUACAGUAACGUCUGUUUGAAGGAAACAGAUCAAAUACAGCCCCUUGAACUGUGUUUAUUUGCUUAAAACAGCUUUUGGAAAUAAAAGUAAUAACUUUUGGUUGGAGCCCCCAGGAGAUGUUAAAAAAAAAAAGUUUGAAAAAAAAUACAUUACUUUAAAAAAAAAAAUCUAAGUCUAAGCACUCCCUUGAAGCCUUUCAGGAAAUAUAUUUCAGUAUGCUCUCUGAAUUAUUUUGCACCUGAAACCUACAUCUGACUGUCUGUCCCCAGGCAAAGGCUAAUAUUUAUAGAACGAACAAUCUCUGAUUAUGUCUCAACUAUAGAGCUGGGUCCGGUCCUAUUUUCACUUUCAAAAUGACUUCUGGAACACUCCGGAGUUAUAAAGGUGUGUGCAGAUAUUGAGGGACAGAAAGUUCCACCGAUCUACGCCAAAGAAACAAUUAAAACAGUGUGGGUCCGUUCUGCCUGGAGAGAAAGCCCGCAGAAAUCCGAGUCGAGACGCAAGACUUUGCCUUCCUUCUUCACGCUGCAAACGUAACAAACGUGCCAAAAUGUGACCUUUGGCUCAGGGUUCUUCCGCGUCAUAAAACCCCAGUUUGGCACACACUUUUAGGUCUCAUCCCCUUGGGCUUGCUUCCUGAGAGCUGGAUCCCAGAAGGAUGAACCGCAAACUUUCAAACCCCUUGAAUAUCCAAGCGGACCUGUGACGGCCAACUGUUUCUGGUUCUGCAGGAGUCUUCUGUGACAAGCUGGGAAAGGUCUCUUGCAUCCAUUCCAAAUUUUGAAUCUAUCUUAAUUAAAAAAAAAAAAAAAAAGUAACUGGGCUCCGGGUGGGGACAGAGGGGUUCAGAAAAAUUUUCAGGAACCACAUUUAUCCUUGCUCUGGAGGGAAGUGUUUGCUUCCGGGACAGAAACAAACAUUUUUAUAUUCAGAAAGCAGACGAAUUGUUUUCAGAGAAAAUGACUGCAGCCAUACCUGUAGAAUGCUCGGUGCGCGGCCUCUACUCUCUCCCGCAUGCCGGGUGUGCGGUGUUGGUGCACUAGAAGAAGGGGGAACGAACAGGCUGCUCUGCUGGGAGAGCGGCAGCCUGCAUGGCUGGGAACACCAUGCUGUACAUAUUUGUAUAUACUGACUAGAUCGCCGUGUACGGACGCAGAUUUUCUUUUUUAUAUAUUUACUUGAUUCUGUUUCCUACCAGACUGGCCCACAAUGCGGGAUUGUUUUGCAUUGGAGAGAAAAAAAAAAAAAAACAACCAAUAUGCUUGUCAUUUCCCCUGAUCAUUCACUUCUGAUAGCUUAUGGAAGCAUUAGGGCUGUGUUUCUUAAGAAAUUCUAAGAACCACGGCCGUCCGCCUGCAUGAGCCCAUCCGGUCGCUGGAUCCAAGGAGGAACCGAUGCCCUGAUUUGGCUGAGUUUUCCUCUAAAGGCAUGCUUUACCCCAUGGGAAAACCACAAACUCAUCCAUGUAGAACUAGCCUCUUUGCAUUUUAUCUAACAGUGCCUGGGAAACAAAAAAAAAAAAAAAAAAAAAAAAAAAAAAAAAAAGAUUAUUUUUAAUGUCUUCUUUAGAGGAAGAAUUCAUAAUUGUCAAAAUUUGAAACAUUAGCUUAAUUUUGUUUUUAUGACCCCGUGCUUCUGCUCUUUAUUUAUUCCGUUACUGUUGUAAUGGGGCCCCAGGCCGUUCCUGACAUCAUCGUGUUCCUCCGCGGCAUUAAGGAUGUUUUUAAAAUUACACAGAUUAUUGAGCCAACAGGCUGUUUUAAUCAAAACCAUGUUUCACUUGUUUAGGAGGCUUAUAAAUUGUCCUUGCAAUGAAGAAGACAGGGGAGAAAAAAGGGAAAAAAAGAAAAGAAAAGAAAAAGGACGAAAAUAACAAAACCAAAAGUGAUCCACUGGGAAGAUUAUACCACCGUGUGGCCAGACAGACUCAUCACAGACAGGCCUCUUUGCCUGCUUCUCUAGGAAUCUGGAAAACACUUCCCUUGUUUUCCCAACAUCCUGAAACUCAUUCUCAAGGCCAACGCUGUUUGCAAAGUUCCAAAGGUCUUUGCCACCUCGUCACCAUCCAAAGGCAAAUGGUCCAGCUGGGAAAUGAUCUUCCAGGGGGAAGAAUGAGUAUUUCAGAAAAGGUGGGCCUCUUUUCUUUGGUCCCUAGGCGCCACCAACCUGUCACCACCACCCUCACUGUAAACAAUCAGGUGUGAUAUCCCUUAGGACCUAAAUCAGAGCAACAGCAGCUACCCCAUCAGCCCCUUGAGGGAUAAAAAUGACGUAGGCGUGGACCCACUUCAAGCAUGGGCCUGCCUAUGCUGCCCUUGCCCGGAAGUUACCUGCAGAAAGAGACAGUUUUAAUACAGUUUUAUCACUAGGAAUAAAUCCUGAUGGUGGAAAUGAAGAAAGCCCUUAAAUUAUAUCACAAAAGCCAUUAUUUUUUACAUCUAAAGAGUGGGCUUUUUUUUUUAAGGAAAACUCAUUCUACUUUGAGAAUGUAAUUAAAGCCCUAAAUAACCGAUAAUACUCUUAGCUACUAUGAAAACACAACAGCAUGCUCGCCAAGGUUGUAUGGAGCCCCUCAUUUCCAUCAAAAAGCUGUCUCUAGGUGAAUUAUUUACACUUUUAAACUUGAUAACUCUUUCUGUUUGUAGCAAAAGGGAAAACAAAAAAGUCCUUUUCCUCCUCGCUCAGCAGUUAUUUUAAACAGACCCUUCCCACCUGAAACCUCACAGUGAUGGUCCUGAGAGUCUUCCCUGCGGACCUAAGGACCUGGGUAUGCUCUCUGAGAAUUUUGCCAGAGGCUUCCUUCAUUGUGACGCAACAGACCCUGAACCACAGUUCUGGAAUCUACUGGUAGCGGUGCUAGACUGCAGAGGCACCUCCUGACACCAUUAGUUUGGCAGGUGUCCGUCAUUUCAGACUUUGGCCAAUUUAGGGAAGAAAAAAAUGGAAAUUAAAAGAGUGAAGAGACGGGGGAGAGGGGGAUAAAAACCCAUACACACAGAUGCACUUAAAACAUGAAAAGAAUUAUUUAUAUGAUAAAAAUAUAUUUAGAUUUUCAAAGCACAAGACUGAAUUGAAGUGCUCUUUUUACGCUUCCUGGAGAUGGCACUGCUAAAUGUCUUUCUACAUCAGGCUUUAAUAAAUCGGUAAUGACAUUUGA